AUGCUUAUUGGAGUUACUUGUUCGUUUAGUUCUGACCUAGAGGCUAUCAUCAAAUGCCUUAAAACCACACACGAAUUUAAAGAUGGAAACACCGAAUUGGAAGAAUGGCGUAAAGAAAACAACAUAACUAGUGAAAAAGAUUCGGUUGACCUCUUAAAAAUGGUCAAAAAUAAAUUUACCGAGAAUUAUGUGAUCAGAAUUAAUAAACUAGAAGAAUUAAAGGAAUAUAGAAAAAGCUCUCUUUUUCUAUUAUUGGCUGUGGAUAAUAAAUUGAAGGUUAGAUACGGUAACUGGAAAAUAGGAGAAUCCGAAAAUUUUGAUGACUUUAUGAAUCGAAAUGAUGAGUGGUGGGAUGAUGAUAAACAUUCUAAGAUGAUGUCCAUAGCUGACCUCACUGUGAAAUCGGAAGAAGAGCUUAAUCAAAAGAUAGAAGCAUUGAAACCAUUGAAACCAUCGAAAUUUCGACUGUCGAAAGAAGAUUAUUUUAUGUAUUUAGCGGAAUUGGUAGCAUCAAGAACAAACUGUAUGAGCCGUAAGGUUGGAUGCGUAUUAGUUAAAGACAAUUAUAGAGUAAUCGCAACUGGAUAUAAUGGAACACCCAUAGGUAUAGAAAAUUGUAUUGAAGGUAACUGUAAAAGUUGUAAAGGUGAAAAUAAGAAUUAUUGUAAAUGUAUACACGCGGAGGAAAAUGCCUUAAUGAUAGCUGGAAUGGAAGCAGAGAAUUGUAUUCUUUAUUGUACUACUCCUUAUGAAAAAGAUUUUGAUGAGGUUGUAGAAUUAUUUAAAGAAGCUAACGAAGUUAAAAAUGAAGCUAAAAAUGAAGCUAACAACGAAGCGAACAACGAAGCUAACAAUGAAGCGAACAACGAAGCUAACAAUGAAGCGAACAACGAAGCAAAUGAUAAAACUAACAAUGAAGCUAAUGAUAAAACUAAUAAUGAAGCUAAAAAUGAAGCUAACAACGAAGCUAACAACGAAGCUAACAACGAAGCUAACAACGAAACGAACAACGAAGCUAACAACGAAGCUAACAAUGAAACUAAUAAUGAAGCUAAUAGUGAAGCUAACAAUAAAGUAGAC